UUUGUCCUUGCAUCCUGUCUGCCCACUCCAGCUCUUUAUCUUAUCCCGUAGCCUUGCUCUCCCCCUGUUCUUGUAAGCACCGUAAGUUCCAGCAAACAUUGGGUUUUGUCAGCCCCCUUCUAGUCAAAGCAUUUCUCGACGCUCGACUCCUAAUUCUCAGUUUCUCUGUCUCCCCUGCAGGCUCAGGGGCUGCUGCCCCCUCCCCAACAGCCGCUGCUGCGGCGGCCGCGGGGCACAGGGGGUGGCAAAGCGGGGUCCGGGAUGAGAGCGGGGGAGCAGCGGGAGGAAGAGGCGGAGAGAGGAAGGGCAGGGGAGAGGAAGGGGAGGUGCAGGAGCAGGAGGAGCAGGGAGAGGAGCCGCGGGCGCAGGCGGAGAGUGGCGGUGCUCCAGGGCGAGCCCGCUGAGCCCGCAGCUCCGCUGGCCCCGGCAGCAUCGCAUUCGUGCAUCCCGCGGGAUUUCCCAUUCACAAGUCUUACCCAGAUGGAGGAAAAGGCCGUGAGAAAGAGGAAGAUGCCCCGGGACAGCCAGGCAGACAAGGAGCUGAGGAUGGAGACCGUGAAGGACAAAUCCCCCCAGCAGAACCUCGUGGAAGAGGCCGUUUGGGGCAGCUCCACAGUGCAGGAAUCCAACGAGGAGGAAAAGCCGCGGAGAUCCCGCAGAGGGAGGGGCUGCAAACGCAGAUCGUGGGGAUCCCAGGAGGAAAGACCCAGCCUGGGCCGAGCAGACAGCCAGAGAUCUGGCCAGAGCUCUGACCUGAGGGUCCAGGAGCAGCUUCAUGGUGGCAAGGAGCCCCUCCAGUGUUUGGAAUGUGGGAAGAGUUUCCACAGGAGCUCCAGCCUGGUCCGGCACCAGAUGAUCCACACAGGGGAACGGCCCUUUGAAUGUGGGGAAUGUGGGAAGGGCUUCAGAAACACCUCCGACCUGAUCCGCCACCAGACAGUGCACACUGGGGAACGGCCCUACGAGUGUGGGGAAUGUGGGAAGGGAUUCAGCUGCAGCUCCAGCCUGAUUGUCCACCAGAGGACCCACACUGGGGAACGGCCCUACAAGUGUGGGGAAUGUGGGAAGGGAUUCAGCUCCAGCUCCAGCCUGAUCGUCCACCAGAGGACCCACACUGGGGAACAGCCCUACGAGUGUGGGGAAUGUGGAAAGAGCUUCAGCCAGAGCUCCAAUUUGAUCUACCACCAGAGGAUCCACACUGGGGAACGGCCCUACGAGUGUGGGGAAUGUGGGAAGGGAUUCAGCUGCAGCUACAGCCUGAACAUCCAUCAGAGAAUCCACACUGGGGAACGGCCCUACAAGUGUGGGGAAUGUGGGAAGGGAUUCAGGAUGCGCUCCAAACUCACCCGCCACCAGAGGAUUCACACCAGGCAACAGCCCUACAAGUGUGGGGAAUGUGGGAAGAGCUUCUUCCUGAGCUCCAGACUGACCCGCCACCAGAUGAUCCACACCGGGGAACAGCCCUACAAGUGUGGGGAAUGUGGGAUGGGGUUCAGGAAGAGCUCCAACCUCACCCGCCACCAGAUGAUCCACACUGGGGUACGACCCUAUGUGUGUGGGGAAUGUGGGAAGAGCUUCCGUGACAGCUCUCGCCUGAUCAUGCACCAGGCAAUGCACGCUGGGGAAUGCCCCUACAAGUGCUCAGAAUGUGGGAAGAGCUUCAGCCAGAGAUGCAACCUGAUUGUCCACCAGAGGAUCCACACCAGGGAGAAGCCCUAUGAGUGUCCUGAGUGUGGAAAGAGGUUUCAGAGCAGAUCCCAUCUGCUCAAGCAUCAGCAGAUUCACACACAAGAGAGGCCCUUCUGCUGCCCCAACUGCAGGAAGGGCUUUAAGAAAAGCUCUACCCUCAUCACCCACCAGCAGAUCCACACUGGGCAGAGGCCCUAACAGUGUCCCCAGUGUGGGAAGAGCUCCUCCCAGAACUCAGCCGUGACCCAACUCCAACGGGGGCACUGGUAAGGGAAGCCCUGUGAGUGCCCCGCAUGCAGGAAGAGCUUCAUGGGCUGCUCCAGCUCCAUCCCCACUGGAGGACCCUGUUGGAUGCUCCCCAGUGACCCUCGUUGGGCAGAGCCUUGGUGAUCCAUGGUCCUGGUGAUCCAUGUUGGGAGCUCACCUGGCUGGUGGUCUCCACAUCCUCCUGGUUCUCCAUGGGCACCUGGACUCAGCAGGCCAAAAAUCCAUUGGGAUGCAGACUGACGUCAGGAAUUCAUCUGGGGCAUCAGAUUUUACUUUCCACUUCAAAAAAUUUGACCUUUUGCAUCCAAUCAUUUCAUCUGUUGGCAUCAAGGAAUACAGGAUGGUCUUGUAGGUCUUUACCAACCUAAAUUAUUCCAUGUUUCUAAAUCUGUCUGGGCCACAGGCAUCUUCCACAGCCAAACAGUGAUGGACUGGGGCAGAAAACCAAGAUUUUGGAGACAAUGGAGUGAAAAGGCCUCUAAAAACAGUUCUUUCCACCCACCCAAGCCCACGCAUACUCAGUCAGCAUGGAAAGGGAAAUCCUUUUAUUUUGGCUUUGAUUUGCUUUCAUUUUUCUUCAUUUCUUCACCCAACAUUGGGAUAACAAUAAAGACAUUGAACUAAGACA